AUGCCCGGACAUUUCGGUCAGAAAAUUCUCAAAACAUUCGGCUUGGACGAGCAGCAACACCAGCAUCCUCCUCAAUCGGCCCCUCACCCUCAACAUCAGGAGUAUCGUUUGUCUGGCAAUCGAGUCAUCAACAACGAUGAGCGCAUUAUAUCCCCUCAUCCGCGUGGGACGUAUCCCCGUCUUGCCCGUCUGAGUGACGGGUCGAUCUUGGGAUCCUUUACUCGUUUCGAAGGCAAGCGGCGGAUUCUCUGCGUUUCGAAGAGCGUUGAUGGCGGUCGGACAUUUCAGGAUAUCGGGGAAGUCACGCAGGGUGAAGGAGACGUUGACAAUAUGUUCCUAUUGGAAGUGGCACCCUCAACCGUGUUGGCAGCGUUUCGGAAUCACGACCGGGGGCCAGACGGCCCAACGCACUUCCGCAUCACAGUUUGUCGUUCCACAGACGGCGGUCGACACUGGCAAUUUGUAUCGCAGGCCGCCGAAAAGCGCGCUCCCCUAGGAAUUUGGGAGCCUUUCAUGCGUAUGGGUCAACAAGGCGAGGUGCAGUUGACCUACUCGCAGGAAUUUGCGCAUAACAACCAGUGCACCAUGCUAGUGCGGUCAUUCGAUCAGGGAACGACGUGGUCUCCACCUCAAUGCCUUCAUGGCGAACAAGAUAUGUUCCGUGAUGGCAUGAAUGGGAUUGCCCCAACCUUUGACAACGGAAGGGAAGCCUUGGUUAUGGUAUUCGAGACGACCACCACUCGCACGUUUUGUCUGGAAGCUCUCAUUUCCUACGACGACGGGUACACCUGGGGCUAUCGGCAUCGAGUGUACGAGCCUCCUCGUGGACAUAAUGCGGGAUCUCCCCAAAUUGCCUCGUUUGCCGAUGGAUCCUUGGCGGUGAUCUUUAUGACCGACGAGGACUCAGCCCAAGUUCAGUGGACCAAGCACGCUGCCAUUAAGGUGGUCUUUGCGGGACCCCCACAAAACGGCCAGAUCACCUGGACUCGUCCGACUGUCAUCUGCCCGCAUGCCAGUCACUGGCCGGGGAUUAUGGCUCUGGAUCAUCAUAACCUGCUGGCUACUUAUGAGUGUGGCGGUGCUCCUCGUGCUAAAAGCAUUACACUGCACAGGUGA